GACAGGUUUGUAGGACGCAGUAACGCAGCCGUUAUCAGCGUCGCUAUCUGUCGGUGCGGGGACCGAGGCAGCGGUUUCACGGGAGGAAUUACCGGCUUAUAAACGUAGUUAAACCGCGUUGUGGGGGAAGAUGGGGGCCGGAGAACAUGGAGAAUUUAUCAGGGCAGCGCUGGAGCAGCAGCCGCGGACUCAGCAGAUCCUUUGACGGCUUGAAUCGGAGAAUCUAACCAUUGGCAAAGAAAACAGAUCGGCCACUCGUUCUCCAUCUCCACCAUUUUGGUUGUCAGUGAUGGAGCACAUCCGGACGCCCAAGGUGGAAAAUGUGGGACUCCUGGACUGGUCGUCAGGCCAGAGAAAAGCCAGCAUCGGGACUCUCUACCUUUCUGCCACACACACCAUCUUUGUGGAGAACAAUCCCGAGACACGCAAGGAGACGUGGCUGUUGCACAGCAUGGUGGGCAGUGUGGAGAGGACUCCCAACCCACCCGCAGGAAGUCAGCUGAUCCUGUGUUGUAAGGACUUCCGGGUCUUCCAGAUCCUUUUCCCACACGAGAGAGACUGUUUGGACGUCCACGCCUCCUUGGUCCGCCUGUCCCGGCCUGAGAAGUACAGCGAGCUGUACUGUCUGUUCUUUAACCUCAACAUGAACAAAGAGGAGCGAGAGGAGUCGUGGAGCUUCGUCGACCUCGUGGCCGACUACAAGAGGAUGGGGGUCCCUAACAACCUGUGGGUCUCUACAGCCGCCAACAGCGAAUACAGGGUGUGUGAGACUUACCCCUCUGAGCUGUUUGUCCCUAAAUCGGCCACGCCGGCCACCAUCGUGGGCAGCUCCAGGUUCCGGAGCAGAGGACGCUUUCCUGCUCUCUCCUACUUUCACCAGGACACACUGGCGGCCGUGUGCCGGUGCAGUCAGCCGCUGUCGGGCUUCAGCGGCCGCUGUCAGGAGGACGAGAUGAUGCUGCAAGCUGUGAUGAAGUCCAACCCCGGCAGUGAAUUCAUCUACGUGGUGGACACCCGGCCCAAGCUGAACGCCAUGGCCAACCGAGCUGCAGGUAAAGGCUACGAGAACGAGAACCACUACACCAACAUCAAGCUGCAGUUCAUCGGCAUCGAGAACAUCCACGUGAUGCGGAGCAGCCAGCAGAAGAUCAUCGAUGUGGGAGAGAUGCGCUCUGCGUCCGUGACCGACUUCCUGUGGGGGCUGGAGGACUCUGGUUGGCUCAAACACAUUAAAGCCAUUCUGGACGCCGGAGUCUUCAUCGCCAGGGCCGUGGCCGAUGAAGGUGUCAGUGUUCUGGUUCACUGCUCGGACGGCUGGGACAGAACCGCCCAGGCCUGCUCUGUGGCCAGCAUACUGCUGGCCCCGUUCUACAGGACCAUCAGAGGACUCAUGGUGUUGAUCGAGAGAGACUGGGUUUCCUUCGGACACAAGUUCUCCCACCGGUACGCUCACCUGAACGGAGAUCCCAAAGAGGUGUCUCCGGUUAUCGACCAGUUCCUGGAGUGUGUGUGGCAGCUUUCGGAGCAGUUUCCAUGUGCCUUCGAGUUCAACGAGAACUUCCUCAUCGCCGUGCACACACACGUGUACUCCUGCCAGUACGGGACCUUCCUGGGAAACUGUGAGAAGGAACGCCGGGACCUGAGGUUUCGUGAGCGCAGUCAGUCGGUGUGGCCUGAGCUGUGGAAGGAACGAGCCCAGUACACCAACCCACUGCACAACGCCGAGCUCAGCCAGAGCCAGGGCAUCCUGAGACCCAACACCUCCCCCUACUGCUUCAAAAUGUGGAAGGGUCUCUACAACCACGCAGCCAAGUCCACGCUUCCUCGCCAGUCACCUGUCGACUACCUGUCUGCUGUGAGGGAGGAAUCCCAGCAGCUGGAGGAGGAGCUGACCAACCACCAGGAGAGGAUUGCAGCUCUGACAGGGACGCCAAUCACAUGGGAGAAGAUCGAGGUUCCGAGGAGGAGAAUUAGCCCCCUGCAGCAGGGACACAGCGGGCCGGACCCGCCCUCCACUCCUGCUGACCCAAUCACCAGCCCCGCACAUGAGAACACUCGCUCACGCUCCUCAGAACCAGCCAAUCAGAAGGCUGGGACCCAGGACCACGCCCUCUCCGUGCAGCUGGACCCCGAGGAUUUCUCCGUCUGCAGCGACCUGGAGUCGGGCGUGGCCGACCUCAGUAGCCGCUCGUCCAGCGGCGGGGAUGACGGCAAGGACCCAGACCUGGAGUGAAGCUGUCUGUGCUGCUGCCUGACUGGAAGAAAGGGAAUCUACAAGUAUUUAUUCAAACAGCUGAGAGACGGACGGACGGGCAGGUGCAGUUAUCUUUAGUUUACUGGUAACGAUGAACGACUGGUGAACGAGGGGGAACCUCAGCAACUUCUUCACUGUUUGACAUGUGACGUUGAUCUUUAAUUUAUUAUUUGUUGCACUGGACCAGACCAGCUGCUUUGUUUUGUAUAUGUAAAUGCUGUUUUUACUGUCUUUCUGAAUGCACUAAUUACCACAGUGAGACGGACAAAGAGGGCGUGGCCUGCAGGACGAUGGGAGGUUGUUCAGGACAGGUUUCAUCCAGUCUUCCAGACAGAAGCAGGUCGAGGUUCAGCCCCCUCAUCAGAUGGUAGCAGCCGACGUAGAAUCACUUUACUUCACAUGGAAAUCUUUCCUGUUGCUCUUUGAUCCGUGUGGACGAGACCCGGAAGCCGGAGGCAGAGCUGACUGGGACACCAGUAUGGAGUCCCAUCGUACCAGUUAAACUUUAUACCAGUUAAACAUUCAUUUAAAAUGUAAAAAGUAUUUGUUUCCACUUCCAUCUGGUUCCUUUCCCAGUUCUACAUCCAGAUUUUUACCGACUUCGGUCGUGUUUGUGUCUAAAAUGACUCCAAGGAGCUGGUCCCACGUCGUCAUGGAGACCAGGUUUCCAGAACGUCAUGAAGCGGAUCUUUUAAAGCAGGCAGACCGCGUCACUGCGUUUUAUGGUUAUGGAUGUAAUUUAUGGUUAUGGAGGGUAGAUUUCAGUCUGACCCGGUUCUUCAGAAGCACGAAGACUCGGUGAAGGAGCGCGUUCGGUGGGGAACGACAUCCUGAGCGCGUCCGGAUCGCCGAGCAGCUUGACCUGAUUCACACGACUCGUCUGAAUUCUCGUCUUUCUUUAAAAAAGGCAGCUUAAAAUGUGGAGAAGCCGAUAAAGCCGAACACGCUGGGACAGAUUCAACCU